AUGGACGUUCGUAAGCUGGACGUCCAGAAUUGGCUCACCAUCGACAAGAACUAUAUGGACGAGCAUCAGAUCCGGGGUCAAUUGCUGCAGCAGGAAAAAAACAAGGUCCUUCAAUGUCUGCCCGAGUCCUACGAAGCGUGUCUAGAAGCAUUGGAAGAAGUAGUUGAUUUUCUCUGUCAACGUUUCUCGAACAUGUUCGAAAGGAAAAAAUCCGGCGACGAGUCGACCGUCUAUAACAAAAUGACUGGGGAGACCUUCGUCUUUGGCGGACAGAAUAGGGACGUCGAUCCACUGGAAAUCGCCGUGCGACUGACCAUGGAGGACCUGAGUAUAUUAAUGAAGAAUGCGGAUGACGAGUACUACCUAGCCGCCAGUGCGAGUCUCUUCCCCGUAGGGUGGACGGUACAGGAGCGAAUUGGAUGGACAAUCUCGCGACUUCAUAAUCCGGUCCCAUUGUGGCAUCAACAGGUCGCCAAUUCCGUCAGCAAGUUCUUGACUCGUCUCACGCCGUCAUCUCCAAUGGAACGAUCCAACUACUUCGUGGAGGUGAAACGACCCGACGAAGACCUAUUUGAGAUACUCUAUCGUCCUACCACCCUGUCCGAGGAGAAUCAGGACCCCUCUCCCCAGGAUAUUGUCAUUCGUCGCGAGCGUCAGACCUUUCGUCGACUUCUCCGUACGGGGGCUAUUGUCUUCGGUGUCAAGACUUUCCUUACCACGUUGGAGGAGUUGCCGAUGCAGGAGCUAGAGAACCUGGCGAAGGAGAUCAAGAGUUGGCCGGAAUACGUGGGAGAGUAUAAGGGGAGAGGAGUCUGGGGUGCCAAAGCCCUGGAGUUCUGUGAGAAAAAAAAGAGCCAGUUGCAGCGACCCGACGAGGAGAAGAUGGAGGUGUAA